AUGGACAAGAAGCUGAGCAGUGAGUUUCACUCCAACUCUCGCUGCACUCUCCCUCCACUCUCCCUCCACUCUCCCUCCACUCUCCCUCCACUCUCCCUCCACUCUCCCUCCACUCUCCCUCCACUCUCCCUCCACUCUCCCUCCACUCUCCCUCCACUCUCCCUCCACUCUCGCUCCACUCUCGCUCCACUCUCCCUCCACUCUCCCUCCACUCUCCCUCCACUCUCCCUCCACUCUCCCUCCACUCUCGCUCCACUCUCGCUUUACUCUCGCUCCACCAUCGCUGCACUCCUUCCCCACACACUGCUUCCCAAUGCUUUUGUCAAGAGCACAGGAGCAUUCUACCAUGGCAACGACAUUAUCGACGCGCUCCCAGCGAGACUCUGGCACCUCAUAUUCCACCUGCUGCUGGAGCGCCCCUGCAGCGCCACCCCUCCGCACUCCGCGGGCGGCCGCUACUACUGCCGUGCGCGCAGCACGGCGCAGCAAGCGGAGGUCAAUCGCAGAGGCACCGCCGGUGGCGCCACUGCUGGGACCGACCGCAAUGCCCCACGGGGCGCUGAGAAUGGCGCGGCUAGAGUGGUGCCCGGCGGUGCAGACGGUGGCAAUGGUGCUGACAAUCUCAGAGGCACCGCCGACGGCGCUGCUGGUGGUGCUGGCAGUAACGCCCCACGGGGCGCGGAGAAUCGUGCGGCUGUGCCCGUGUUCGUGAAUCCCGGGGUGUCGCCGUGCUGGCUGCAUGCGCGCAACGCUCGCACGUUCGGCUCCUCGUGGCCACUGCUGUGCUGCGCGCUCGCCAGCAAGAGGCUGCUCAACCAUGUCGUCUCCUUCUCCUCCCUCCGGAGCUUAACCCUCAAGCAUGUGGACCCCAGGGGGAUUUCCCUUAAAGCCCUGGCUGCCAUUUCCCCUCAGCUGCAUGAAUUCUCGUUCAGUGAGCCGUGGAAGCUGGAGGAGGAGGGAGGGGAGGACUGCAAAGGACCGGUGCUGCUGGCGCUCGAGUUCCCCAGGGCUCGCCGCCUCUCCUUCCGCUUCCUCACCCACGAGCUCAAGCUGAAACUCGCCCUCUCUCACGACUCCCUCACAAACUUCUCCGCCUGUGCCCAGUCCCUCACUCUUGCCUGCCGCUCCGCCCGCCCUCUCGCGCUGACCCAGCUGUUGCUGUUUGGAGAAGAGCGGAUCCAUAUUGCCUCCUUUGAGGUUGCCUCUGUCCGUGCAAUCUACCUCAAUGGUCCGAUUAAUCUGCUGCCGCCGCGGCCCACCCGCAUCCCUGCUGACAUUCGGAAAGCCAUGGAGAUCUGUGGUGACUCCUUUGUGUAUCUUCCACCGUCGCCACCUUUUGCAUGGGCGGACUGGCUGCGUGCACUUGCGCCAACGGUGGAGCUGCUUAUAGCGAGGCAUGACAUGGACCUGGAGGCUUGCAGGUUCCCCUGGCCGCGGCUGCGGAGCCUUGGGAUUGUCGUGGCGAGUGACUACGAUGUGAUGAACCCGGUGCGAGGGGAGAUGGCGGUGGAAGAUGUGGAGAGGGCCAAUGGGAAUGAGAUCAUUGAGUGGACGAGGGCUCAGAGAAGGAAGGAGAAGGAGGAGUGGAGGGAGACGGAGAGCAGGAUGAGAAGCCGAAGGCUCACUCGCUUCCAUGCAGGCCCGUUUGGGAACCAGCUUGUUGGUGUUGGGGCCGACGAUUACGGUGAUGCUGACGAUGCUGAUGGUGAUGAUCAUGCUGAUGGCGAGAGUGAUGGUGACGAUUAUGACAGUGCCGAUGAAGUUUACGGUACGGAUGAGGAGUCAUCAGAUGAGGAGAAUUCAGAUGAUGAGGGCUCAGGGGAGGAUAGAUCUGACCCUUUUGGGGGUUCAGUGGAGCGUGCAACGCCUUCAUGCAGGCCCACUUCCACUUCCAUCCGCCUGUGCAUCCCUCCAAGCAUCAACGCUCCAAAUCUGCGGGCCAUCUUUUUCCCAACCCGCCGCCACACGCCUACAGCCCUGCUAGCACGUCUCAAGACGAGGUAUCCCUGCCUGGCGCUGUACUGCGUUGCGAGGAACACAUGGUACUGGGAAAGGAAAGGGAUGAGGGUGGAGCAUGGACCGCUGGCGCAUGUGAGGGGGCCGAGAGGGGGGAAGAGCAGCGCGUCGUUCAGGAAUGGGAGGAAGACGGUGCGGGACAAGAUGCACAGUGUGAAUCGGGGGCUGAUGGAGGGGUACACGCUAGAUGAGGAGGAGUGGUUUAUGGUGUUCGGCUUCGAGACAUGUCGCUCCUCCAUCGACAGGCAAGAUCUUACAGGAGGGCCAGUUAGUAUGCGUCAACAUGCAAGCGUCGUGUUACUUAUCUUUUUCCUCAAAUGUGCAGACGGAUUCGCAGGCGAAGUCACUGGUGGGCAUUCUGGUCCUUUCUUUUGGGUCACGACUCUUUCGGAUUCUGGACCUGGUAGUUUGAGGGAAGGAGCAACAAUUCACGGCUCGCGCUGGAUACUGUUCAACGUUUCUGGAACAAUUUGCCUCUCUAGCCCAGUCGGUGUUGCCUCAAACAAGACAAUAGACGGCCGUGGUCAACGCGUCGUCAUCUCGUGCAAUGGUCUUCAUAUCAGGUUCCAAGCAUUUUUUUUUAGCUUCAAGUCCCCUUUUAAAUUGCAAAGCACUCGUCGUUCUGUAACACUUGAGUGGUCGUUUUUGAGUAGACAUGGUGCUCAGAACAUCAUUAUCAAUAACCUUAUUUUCUGGAGAGGAGGAGAGGAUGCCAUUCAACUGAAGUACGGGGCACAGCGAGUUUGGAUCAACCAUGUGAGCAUUGGAAGAUGGGGAGAUGGUGCGAUCGAUGUAACACGUGGCUCCACAGACGUCACGAUAUCACGAAGCCUUUUUCACCACCACAACAAAGUUAUGCUUGUUGGCUCACAGACAGAUGCUGAAGAAUCCAAAGACCACCCUGUGAAUCUUCAUGUCAGCAUUCAUACUAAUUGGUUUGCUGGGACUGUUCAGCGCCAUCCCCGAGUUGUUGCAGGAUUGGUUCACGUAUAUAAUAAUGUCUUCCAGCAUUGGGGACUGUAUGGAGUUGGUAGUACCUGCCAUGCUCAGAUAGCCAUGGAAAGAAACAUUUUCCUCGCAGGCAGGUCAUUUUCGGGUGCUAGAAUAUUUGAUCGUCUGGAUUGGCCCAGUAAUUUCGGAAGAACCCGGUCUGUUGGAGAUUUACUUAUUGAUGCAGCACAUCUUCACGAGUAUGAUCCAGAUCACGUGUUCAACCCCCCAGACUUCUACAAUUAUACUGCAGCUGAAGCUACUCUGGAUUUGAUGGUUAAUGUAGCCAGUAAUGCUGGUUGGCAUGAUGUACGUCUUUCAUCCGAGACUGGCAAAAGGUGUUAA